AUGAAGUUGGGCGAAUUCGGAUUGGCGGAAGACGUGGAAAAGAGGAGAUCGGAGCUGUCAGAGCCGGAGUCGUAUGAGUGUGUGAUGGCUUCGGCGCUUCUGCAAUUGGUUGAGGAUGGCGUUCAUGUCAACUUUUCAACGAGCCAGACCAGGCUUUCGUGCCAAUGGGACAAGAUGGAGUCAUACCGGCAACUGAAGCAGAAGAGACUCUUAUUGAAGAGGUUGAAGGCCAAGUACUCGACCCCACCACGGCCGUGGAGUGGGAAGGCCGAGGCCAACUUGAAUUACAAACCCCCCAUGUCUGCCGCAAAGGCUCUGGAACAAUUCGUCGCCGACGAGCCCCUUCUCAUCACGACCAUCGCCUUCCUUCCACCGUCACCACCCCGAAAACCCAACUUGCGUCAAGGUAUUGAAAAGAGAAGAGGUAUAAGCAAGAAUAGCCCAUCCACAUACAACAAUCGACCUUGCAGAAGCCUUGAUUUCUGGCGGUCUUACCACCUGCUUUCACCCCUCACUCCUGCAAAGCUGAUUGUGCCAUUACAUCUGAUUCCCUGUACCUCGGCAAAGUCCGCCGGUUCGCAGCGAAGACGGCCUGGGAUAACAUCCCCGGUCCUCCUUGCCCAUCGUUCUCCAAAGCAAAAACAACUUUACGUGUUCGAUCCGAAGGCUUUGCAUCACAUCCUUGUAAAGGAUCAAUAUGUAUACGAAGAAACAUCUGUGUUUAUUCAGUAA